UGGCAGCGGAGGUUCUCAACACGACAUUCACUUCCAACUCAGCCAGCUGUAGCAAUAACCACAAGCCCCAACCUAUAUUAUACCAUUAAUUUGCUAAUUUCUAAUCCACCUAUAUUGUUCUCGCAAUAUAUCCCGCGAUACAAAUACCCAGAUUCUCAUUGCGCCUGGAGAACGAAACCCUCCAAGUCAACACCCACCCCAGUCAUAUAUAACCUCCGAUAAAAUAAGGCCAUGCGAUAGCCCGGAAGUAAACCAGCAGCUUCGCAGCUCCAAAAUCGCCCAGAUAUCUCCUCUUUCGCUACCCUCACGCAUCGCCAUAUCAUAAGAAACACAACGGCAACCCUCGCCAACAGGAGCAAACCGGCCGAGUAAAAACCAGGACGCAGAAUGCGCCCACCAAACCCGCUCCUCCUCCGGCCGCUCCUCCGCCCCCACAAACUCCCUCCAAUCACUACAACUCCAACCGUAAAACUCCGCCCCUUCCACCUCCCCUCCCUCUCCUCCUUCACGAACCCCCUCUCCCCCAACCCGCCGCCCCCACGCACCCUAACAGCCACUCGCAAUCUCCCCUUUCCCCCGGAACCCCUCUUCCGCACCAUCGCCGAUAUCGACUCGUACGCCCAGUUCCUCCCCUUCCUCACCGCAUCGACCGUGACGGCCCGCGACGUGAAGACCGGAUACCCAACCAGCGCCUUCUUGACGGUGGGGUAUGGCCCGUUGAAGGAGACGUUUGUGUCGCGCGUGGAGUGUGACGCGGCACUGUGGACGGUGGGGGCGAGGAGUGGGCGGCGUGCGGCGGAGGAUGGUGCUGCUGAAGCUGGGGAUGGGGGGCUGUUUGAGUUUUUGGAUACGUUGUGGAAGCUGCGAGCGGGGAAGGAUGGGGUGGUGGUGAAUGGGGGGGGUGGGAGGGGCGCGGGGGAGACGCGGGUUGAGUUGGAGGUGCGGUUUCAGUUUCGCAGUGCGCUGCAUGCGGCUGUUAUGGGGGCGGUGGAGGAUCAGGUGGCGGGGAUGAUGAUCGAGGCGUUUGAGAAGAGAGUGAGGGAGUUGGAGAGGGCGAGGAUGGGGUGAGGCGAUCGCGCGUGGAUGGUGGAAUUGGAACUGGGGCUUGCGAUGGGUUUUGGGGGAUUUAUCAAUGGAGCAUGGAGUUAUUUGAAAAUUAGGUGGGUAAGCUGGUGUUAGAGAUAUGCUUGGGGUAAUGCCUUGUCCCUGAGAAUCCCUUUUGGCAUGGCACGGAAAAGAGAGAAGCCAUGGAGAAUCGUCUAUAUUCCAAAUUUCUAAUAGCACACAGGUGAUAGAGUGAUGGAAAUGUAUAAUACGGGAUAAAACAAGAAAGAAAGAGAUAUAUAUGUAUAAUACAGAAUAGACAGACAUAGAAACCUGGCAUAAUAGAACCCAAAACAAAAAUUUCCGUUCUCA